CAAAGGACUCAAGAGCGUAUUUUUGAUGAUUUUCGUGCGAUGAUAGACGCCGAUCCAACAGAAUUUAAUGUUCUAAAUCACGGCGAUUUUUGGGCUAACAAUAUUAUGUUCCAGUACGAUGCUUUUGGCAAAAUUAAGGAAACAUACUUCGUAGACUUUCAGUGCUCGCGAUAUGGCUCACCGGUGCAUGAUCUCUACAAUUUGUUGCUCUCUUCAACACAAUACGAAAUCAAGUUGAAACAUUUUGAUUAUUUCAUUAAGUAUUAUCACGACCAGCUGAUUGAGUGCUUGAAAUUGCUAAGAUAUCCGAAGAAGUUGCCUGCCUUGAAGGAUAUUCACAUAGCGCUGUACAAAUAUGGUGUAUGGGGUUUAGCCGCUGCUUCCGGUCAUAUGGCUAUUGUGUUGCUCGAUCCAACCGAAUCGGCCAAUAUUGAAAAUUUACUUGGCAAUACUCCAGAUGCCGUGGAAUUCAAAAAGCUAAUGUAUACAAAUAAGCGAUAUCGGAAACAUGCUGAAGCCGUUUUGCCAUGGCUUCAUAAUCGUGGCGCUUUUGAAAUGUAAAACAAAAACAAAAACAAAAUGCAGCGUUGUGAUAACAGAAUUAUUGAUAUAUUUUCUAUGAACAAAUAGGUGCAAACAAACAUGCAUGUGCAUAUACACUGAGGGAAAAAAAUAUUAAAAUCAAAUACAAACGUAAUUGAUCUUACUAUAAAUGUCAACGAAAGUACUGUAUAUUGGUAAAUAUUCAAUUCAAUUACGCACAUAUUAAAAUUACCGCGUUCGUACUGAAAAAGCAUCCGUGAAGUGAAUAAUCAAGACAAAAACUAAAAAAAAAAAUUUAUUUGUAUGUGUUGCCUGUAGUGGAACUCGAACCCGACCAUCUCCGGAUAUCAAGAACUUGUGGCAAGCAUCUCUGCGCACUCAGCUACACCCAGACAUAUAAUUUUUCUUUCAAAUGUUGAAUAUCCAUCAACACCACAGCACGCGAUUUGUACGGAUAAACAUGUAUGUGUUAUGUAUGUAUGUGUGUGUUGUCACGGCUCUCAGAGCGGCGUUCUGCAUUCUUGGGGUGCGUAUGUACAC